UGACAUCCUAUAAACAAAACAGAGAUGAAGAGAUAUUCAACUAAUAUAUGAAGACUUGUUUUGAGAUAAUAUGAUUUGAACACAAUCUUCGCUUAACUCGUUGGUCUGUGUGUUUAACUGAACUGAGAACAUAUUUGCUGAGUAUCUCAUUACGUCAUUAGUGCAGAGAGACCGUCUGAAUCCAUUUUCAUGAGAACAUUUAUCACUACAGAUGAUGACGUCUCUCUCUCACGAGAGAAGAUCUUCACUAUCCUAAAGUGAGGUGAAAGCACAUCUGUCCAAACAACUCCUCCAGAGGAGAACCUGAAAGAAACGCACAACUCAACAAUGUUUCUUUAUGUCUUGCGUUUCCCUAGAGAACUAAAGAGAGAGAGCGAAAAAUGGAGAGAUAAUGAGAAAUUGGCGGCGGUCGAGUAGAGAAGCGCUGCCUCAUGUUUGGCUGUCAUACAGGGAGUGAUGGGAAAUACUGAACGGUCAUCGGGUCAGGAAACGGUCUCUCUGAAUCUCGUCAUUGUCUAUUUAUUAACUCCUUUUUUCAUUCUCCGCCCUACGUUAGUCACCUUUAUUUCAUUGCUAUUUUUCACUGCAUUUACAGACAAUCCAGUUAUGAUGUCAAACCUGAAUCAUUUAGAGGUCAUUUCAAUGAUGACUAGUAUAAAUAUACAGAUCGACAGAUAUGAAUGGAUGCACACUGUCAUGCUUCAUUUAGAGAAAACAAGCAGUGCUGUGGCGGUCAUGUGGAAGUUGAUUAAGUUUCUGAGGAAGUUUCAGUCCCGCCUCCAGUUCUAUUAUUAUUAUUCAUGAGUCAACGAGUGGAGCGCCCGCCUUUCAACGGCCAACUAUCAGCGAAUCAGCGCGGUCCACUGGGGUUCUUCAUGAAUAUUUAUAAGCCACGCCGCAACCAUAGUAGGAAAUGCCGUCAGAAGUUUGGAUAGUUUUCUUUCAGGUCGUUUGUGGAGUGCAGGGUUCCUCACCAUGCUCGGCUACUCAACCUGUUGACUGAAGGACAAACUUAUAAAACUCAACACAACCUCACGUGCGCAGAAACGCGCAGUGACGGCGCGCGCAUUGGAUUAAACGUUUUUCUUUCCUUGUUCUUGAUGAAUAAGGACCAAACGGCAAGCAUUAAGGAUGCAAACCUGAAGCAACUCCGCGUAAACUGCAGUAUAGUGCAGGGUUGCUAUGAGUGCCAGAGCUGAGCGGUGAUAUAUGGCCAAUUACGCAUGGCGCGUGCUGGGGAGUCUUCAUGUACAGGUGUCUUUAUUGAUCACCAGAGAUCCACUGAGCUCCUUUCUUGAUGUGACAUGAUCGAGAAUCUCAUCUACCCGCGGUGAAAUAACGUGUUUUAUAGAUGAAACUCCGUGCGCAAUGAACGCGCUGCUCGUGCUGUGCGCGCUCAUGGGCUGCUGGAGAUGCGCUCUGAGCAACAGAUACUGUCCCGAUCUGAUGAUUGACAGCUGUCACUGCAACUCCGAGAGAUCAAAGGGAUUUAACAGACAGAGUUUGCGCGUCAAAGUUGUCUGUGACGAUGCGGACCUGGUGGAAACCAUGCAGCCCAGCUCUUUACCCAACAGCACCGUGUCACUAAUCCUGAGCAACAAUAAGAUCUCAGCGGUGAGAAAUCACUCAUUCAGCGGCCUGAGAGCUCUGGAGAAACUAGAUCUCGGCAGUAAUCUCAUUAGCAGAAUCGCCUCCGCUGCGUUUCACGGCCUGACAGCUCUUAAGAGACUGGAUCUCUCCAACAACAGGAUUGGCUGUUUCUCCUCUGAUAUGUUUCUCGACCUUGGCCGCCUCUCGAAACUGAAUUUGUCUGGGAAUAUUUUUUCCACGCUGCCGGAGGAUCUGUUCACACACUUGCCUUCUCUGAGAGUUCUCCACUUCAGCACAGAUGAUCUGUUUUGUGACUGUCAGCUGGAGUGGUUGUUGAUGUGGGUCAGAAGUCGGUCAGUGCGUGUGGGGAAUGAAACCGUGUGUGUGUAUCCUGCUCGUCUUCAUGGUCUGGAGUUCAGCUGUCUACAGGAACAUCAGCUCACCUGUGCCGGACCUCUGGAGCUCCCCGUCCUGCAGCUCAUCCCGACUCAGAGACAGCUUGUGUUCCGUGGUGACCGUCUGCCCCUGCAGUGCACGGCCUCGUACCUUCACCCCUCUGUCGAACUCACAUGGGUCCACGAUCAUCAUCCCGUUCACACGCUGGAGGAGAGGGGCGUGCACGUGGAGGAAAGCAUCAUUCACGACUGCUGCCUCGUUACCAGACCGAUUGUCUCGGGUCUGUUCGUUCAGCAGCGGGUGUCCACCCAGCGGCUGCAGCGCUUCAUCAGUCGGAGACUGCGCAGUCAGACGGACAGAAGAGCGGUGGGUGAGAAGAUUCAACAGUGGAUCAGUCGAGCAUCAUAUGAGGAACUGCUCAAACUGCCCGACAUGCUGGAGAAAUCACGUCUGAAUCUGCUCGCAGACAAAAUUAGAGAGAAAAUCAACAGAUUUCAGAUGUUUGCCAUUCGCUGCACUAACAGCCUGAUGAUGUCAUCAUAA